AUGUACGCCAACAUUUACAAAAACGUGAAACUGUUCAACAUUCGUCGACGAUCGUAUUCUGUCAGCUCCAUCCAGAAAAAAGUUCAAAAUGAACGAGCAACAGCAAACACUGUUCUGAUUGUCACCAGUUUAUUUCUGUUGUCUUGGCUGCCAUUUUUCACGCUUUCGUUGCUAUUCAUCUUCUGCCCAACGCUGAAAUGUGUUCCUAGAGGAAUGAGUCGUUUGUAUCUGGUGGACUUUGCAAAGAUUCUUCACUACGGAAACAGUGCCAUGAAUCCAGUAGUGUACACCUUUCGCAGUUCAGAAAUGAGAAUGACGCUGAUACGGAUCGUCGCUCCGUGUCACGUUCAGACGCCUGUCAACUCCGUGCAACGGGUCAUUCCUCCAGCCGCCCUCAGAAUUCCUUUUGAAACCGCGAAUGGGCGUCAUUCCUUAUCACCAUCAAUUUACAAGGAGGUCAACCGCCAGGAUCAUUACUUGUGA